AUGGCCAGUGGGGUCUCGGCUGGCAACACCGCUGCUGGCCGGAAGCUUGCCUGGGAAGGAGGACAGCUUUGCCAGUUGCUCCGUUCACCGGAUUACAACCUUUUCCCCAACUCAGCUGUCUUUGAGAGCGACUUUGUGCAGGUCACAAAGGCUGGAAAAUGUGUGGACUUCACCAAUAUGCCCACCGUGGUCUCCAUGGGGGUGACCUCUUCGGACCCCUGCCUCCCUCUCCCUAACGUGCUGCUGAUGGCCAGGCGCAAGGUGCUGGGCAAAGGCUUUGUGGCAGGCAACGGGCAGAGCUCGGAGCUGCCUGUGCUGGACUUGAGCAGGCUGCUGCCCCUCCGCUGUGUCAAGCUGUCUGUCCACCACGCAGCGCAACGGAUCCUGUGCCUUCAGACGGUGACCCGGAAAGUGUAUUACCUGCAGCUCCACCAGGGUUAUCCCAAGGCCGUCUUUGGGCUGUGGAGCCGCUUGGCAGACAUCCUGCAGAGGGGCCUGUCCAUCACCGCCAAGGACCCCGCAGUUCACAUCCGGCACAGCCUGGUGCCCAGCGGCAGCAGCCCCUCCAGCAGCUCCUCGGGGGAGGUGAGGCGCUCGCGCGUGCGGCGGCGGCGGCGGCGGCGGCGGCUUCCGAGGGAAGGGCCGGAGCAGGGGGGGAAGGCAGGCGGGGGCUGGGAAGGGGCGGCGCUGUGGGCAGAAGGGGGGGGCGAGAAGGGCGGUCGGGUCGCCCGGGCUGGGAGCGGCGCUGGCUGCGAGGCACGAGGGCUCCAGGGGGAGGCGGCGCGGUCCAGCCACGGGCGUCGUCCGCCGUGGAGGGCUUUGGGCCUGCAUGGGGGGGGGGCGGCACGUGAGCGUCCAGCCUUCGCCCCCACGCAGCCGCCCAGGCGCCCUUUGUGCCGCGCCGUGCCCGAGCACGGGGCGGCUCGGGCGGCUUCCAGGAUGCCCCGCUGGGUUCAGCCCCUGGCGUAA